GUAGAAGGUUUUGGAAGGAAAAAGGAGAAAGAAUUCGAGAGAAAUCUAGACACUAUACCCGCUUCCUCAAUAUUAUUUCUUCCCACCUUUUUUAGUUUCUCUUUCAUAAUAUAAUUCAUUCAAUUUCAACAAACAACUCGACACUCUACAAACCCUAAUUUUGAUCUGUGUAACGGUUAACAUGGCUUCUUCUGGACACUUCAAGUUGUUGAAGAGGAAACUCGAUGGCACCGUCGUUCAAAUCGGUGACGAUUUCUCCGAUUUCUCUCUUUCUUCUCCGGCUACUAAAAUUCGCCGCCUCGAUCCUGAAUUGCCUCCGAUUGUGGAAGAAGAAGGUGAAUCCUUACCAGUUCCUAACGAUGAGAGGGCUCUUGUACUCUUCAAACCCAUGAAUCUUCAUUCUCCUUCCGAUUUCUCUCUCACUCUCAGUUCCGAUCUUAUCUCUCACAUCAAAAAUAAUCAACUAUCGUGGUCAAAACAAUGUGAUUAUUCAGACAAUCAGGACCAAAACGAGGAGGACAAUCGUCGUUUGGCUAUUGUGCCUUGGGUUCCCCAACCUUCAACCUCUUGUUCUGAAGAUAAGAAUAACUCAAAUACAAUAGAGUUGAUGGAAGCUGAUGAAAUGGGAGAAGAACAAGAAGAUGAAGGAGCAAUGAUGGAUGUAGAACAAGAAGACAACAACUCUUCAAAUUAUAACUAUCCAGCAAUGCUAAAUCUACAUCACCAAGCUGAGGGGUUCCAGCAACACUGUUUCUUACCUCAGAUUCCUCAAAACACUUCAACUCCCAUCACUUGGACCCGUUGAAAAUAUUUAACUAGUUUUUAUCAUUGUCUAGUUGUUCACUUUAUAAUUAGAAUGCUAGAUUACCCUAGACAGUCUCGACCUUAGUUUUUAGUUUUGCUUGAGAUAAAUAUGGUUUUUGUUUGGUCAAUGUCAAUAUGGGUGAGUGACCAAGAUGGGAUCAUGGAGUUCCUUGUAUUUGUUCCAAAAGACAUUUCAAGUAGCAAUGAAAAAUCAAUGUUCUGUUUUAUGCUUGAUUCA